AUGUGCAACAUGGGAAGAAAAUCUCACUGGACAGUGACACGGUGCGACGACCCACGAGUUCCUCUCCGUGAACAUCACCCAAACCCAAACGACACAUUAACCGUAAUCAAACAAACCCUAAUUUUUUUUAUCUCCCCCAAUUAUUUGUCCCCUUCUCAUCCAAUCAAUCUUAAUAAACCCAAUAUCAAAUUUUUCACAAAAUUUCCCAAUUGAAAUCCCCGAUUAACCUUCUUGGGGCGCUCAAUUUCAAUUUUUCUUGCCAAUUUUGUCCUCAACUGUAUUUUUUUUGCUUCUCUUUUUCCCUUUCAUCAUCGUCGGCAGAUCAAGAUUUGAAGGAUCCCCAAUUUCUCUCUGAGUGAAUGGUUAAGCAUAUACUUUUGUAAAUCACUGAUCUAAAAGUAUGGGCAAUAGUGAGAUGGAUAAAUCCGCAAAAGAGAAGGAGUCGAAGACGCCGCCACCAACAUCACAGGAGCAAACUUCAACCACCACCAGCACCGGACCUGUUAAUCCUGACUGGGCAAGCUUUCAGGCAUAUUCCCCUAUGCCUCCACAUGGAUUCAUGGCAUCAAGUCCUCAAGCUCAUCCUUAUAUGUGGGGUGUCCAGCACAUUAUGCCUCCUUAUGGUACUCCACCACAUCCCUAUGUAAUGUAUCCCCAUGGCGGCAUAUAUGCUCAUCCAUCCAUGCCUCCGGUAAUCAAUGGAUCGUAUCCAUUCAGUCCUUAUGCCAUGCCUACUCCAAACGGUAUUGCUGAGGCUUCGGGUAACACUCCUGCCAGCAUGGAAGCUGAUGGUAAGCCUCAUGAGGUGAAGGAAAAAUUGUCAAUCAAAAGAUCAAAAGGAAGUUUGGGUAGUUUGAACAUGAUUACUGGGAAAAAUAAUGAACACAGUAAAACAGCGGGGACAUCUACUAAUGGAAAUCACUCAAAGAGUGGUGAAAGUGCAAGUUUUGAAGGUACUAGUGAGGGAAGUGAUGCAAAUUCUCAGAAUGACUCUCAAUUGAAACCCGGGGACAGGCGGGAUUCUUUUGAAGGUGAACCAUCUCAAAAUGGCAGUACAGUGCAUACUUCUCAAAAUGGGGGACUUAAUACAGCUCCUACAGGUGUUAAUCAAACUAUGUCUAUCCUGCCAAUCUCUGCGGGUGGUGCUCCUGGAGCUGUUCCUGGUCCCGCAACAAACUUAAAUAUAGGAAUGGAGUAUUGGGGCACGCCAACUUCAUCUAACAUCCCUGCUCUCCGUGGAAAAGUUCCGUCUACUACAGUUGCGGGAGGGAUAGUUACUGGUGGAUCACGAGAUAGUGUUCAGUCACAACUUUGGCUACAGGAUGAAAGAGAGCUUAAAAGACAAAGGCGGAAGCAGUCUAAUAGAGAAUCUGCUCGGAGAUCGAGGUUGCGCAAGCAGGCUGAGUGCGAUGAGCUAGCUCAGCGUGCUGAAGUUUUGAAAGAAGAAAAUGCUUCCCUCCGAUUAGAAGUAAGUCGCAUUAGAAGCGAGUAUGAGCAGCUACUCUCCGAGAACACAGCUCUCAAGGAGAAACUUGGGGAACAACCCGGGAACGAUCAGCAUGUGCGUAAUGAUACGCAACAGAGUGGUCAAACAGAGGCUGUACAAGGUGGUCAUUAGGAUCCCAUGCCGCUUUUCACGAAGAUAACCUAACUCAACAGUAAGAGUGCGAUCGGGUUUCGGAUAGCAUGUAGCUCAAAUUGUAUUACAGCUUACCAUAGAUAUAUUUUAUGUUAUAUGAUCCAUGAUUCCUAAUUUGGCUUUUACUUUUAACACCAUUCAAAAUAACCUGGAUCGUAUGUAGUGUGUGAAAAUUGUAUAAUUCCUUAUUCUCAGCUUCAAAGUUAGUGUCCUUAGCAAGUAAUAUAGUUAAUGAAACUGGGUGUUGUCCAUUAUAUGAUUUCCUGUAUAAAUAAUUUAUCGGGAAAAUAAUAAAAGAAAUAUCUUUUUGAA